UGAAUGCGUGGUACGGAACGUCGUCGCUUUUGCCGAUUCUGGGUGCUUGCGUGGCUGACUCAUUCGCGGGCCGUUUCCGGAUGAUUACUGCUGCCGGUGUGCUCUACAUAUUGGCACUUAGCUUCUUGUCCUUAUCAGCUUCACUUUCAGCCCACUCUUCUAAAUGCACAACGGCUUCAGAAAAUCUAGGAUGUUUUCCACCUGAGCUUCAAAAUGUAUUCUUCUUCUUCUCUCUGUACUUAGUCUCAUUCGCGCAAGGAGGGCUUUCACCUUGUGCACAAGCUUUUGGGGCCGAUCAGUUUGAUGAGGAAGAUGAUUGUGAGAGAAAAGCAAAAAGCACAUUCUUCAAUUGGUGGUAUUUCUUUUCUCUUGGAAGUAUCUUGGUACCUCUCUUGACUUUGACCUACAUUCAAGACAAUGUGGGUUGGGAGCUUGGAUUUGGAAUCCCUGCUAUUGUCAUGUGCCUUGCACUAGUUUUAUUCCUGACUGGACGUAGGACCUAUCGAUUUCGUGUCAACUCUGAUGGAAAAAACACAUUUGUGAGAAUUGACAGGGUUUUAGUCAGAGCAGCCAAAAAUUGGAAGGCUGCCCCUGUAGCUAUAUCCAUUGAUGAGCAAGGUCCGCACAGCAGUGCUCAAUUCAGGUUUUUGGACAAAGCAUUACUUACACCUGAUGGUUCGAUUGACGAGACAAUCUGUAGCGUGAAGGACGUGGAAUAUACUAAGGCAAUUCUUAGGCUUGUUCCAAUAUGGUUUUCUUGUUUGGCAUACGGAAUUGUAUAUGCACAGCCUUCAACUCUAUUCACCAAGCAAGCCGCUACUAUAGAUCUCCACCUCACUCCCAGCUUUCAAUUACCAGCUGCUUCGCUGCAGCUGUUAUUCCUAACCGGUACCGUUCCCAUCUUCCUUCCAUUAUAUGACCGUGUUUUCGUCCCCAUUACCAGAGCUAUUACCAAAAAACCUACCGGCGUAUCAACGCUUCAAAGGAUAGGAAUCGGAUUAGUUUUGUCUUUAAUUUCCAUAAUGUUAGCGGCUCUUGUUGAGCGGAGACGUCUUGCACUUGCUCGUAAAUAUGGGCUGGUGGAUAAGCCCAACACCAUGAUCCCAAUGAGUGUGUGGUGGCUGGCGCCGCAGUUUCUGCUAUCAGGAGCUGCUGAUGUCUUUGGGUUGGUGGGUCUUCAAGAGUUCUUCUAUGAUCAAGUUCCGGGUGAACUUAAAAGCAUUGGGCUUGCAAUGUACGUAAGCAUACUUGGAGUAGCCAGCCUUUUGAGCAGCUUCCUUGUAUCUGCGGUCCAGAAAUUGACGAGCCGAAACGGGCAAGGUGGUUGGUUUGCGGACAACUUGAACCGGGCACAUCUUGACUACUUCUAUUGGCUGCUGGCAGGACUUUGUGCUGCUGAAUUCACCGCCUUUAUUUACUUCACCAAGUAUUACGUUUACAGGAGAAGAAUGAGUGUGUAAAAUUGCAGGUGCAGGCACCCUCCUGCCAUAGAAAUGAUAAUAUGGCAGGUUGACAAGUGUUAUUGAUGGGUGUCGAAUUCACAAAAAAUAUUAUCCUACUAAAAACUUGUGAAAGUGAUGAGUAGGAUCGAAUCUACUAAAAUUAAGUUUGA